UAUGUGCUUAUCUGUUUUUCCACAGGGGAAGUAAAUUUAAACAAGAAAGAAGGGACCGAAUCUACACACAAAGUGGAAAAAAUUAUUAUACACCCAAAGUUUGUUAGGGCAACUUAUGAUUUUGAUAUUGCAGUCAUAAAGCUAAAAGAGGCCAUUAAUUUCACAGAUCAUAUUAUUCCUGCAUGCAUUCCUGACCCGGACUUUGCUGACCAGGUUUUGAUGAAUGAACCACAUGCUUUGAUUAGCGGAUUUGGACGCAUACUUGAACGUGGGGUUCAAUCCACAUUGCUUCAGAUGCUGACUGUCCCGUACGUUAAAAGACAGCGUUGCAAAGAAUCCAGCAAAUAUACAAUCACAGAUAACAUGUUCUGUGCUGGUUAUGACAAAGAAAUAAAAGAUGCUUGCCAGGGAGAUAGUGGUGGGCCUCAUGUCACCCCAUUUAAAGAUACCUACUUUGUGACUGGCAUUGUUAGCUGGGGGGAAGGGUGUGCGCAAAAAGGCAAAUAUGGAGUGUAUACCAAAGUAUCCAACCUGCAUAAAUGGCUAAGAGGAGUAAUGAGAAAAAAUCAAUCCUAAUGUGGAGAAUUUAAAAUUAAAUAAAAUAAAUUAGUUAUUAUGUUGUUAGGACUUCAAUUUCCACACUUACUCAAAAUGUAGUAGCCUGUUUCUUUCUCGGGCAAUGUUCUGAUUUUUCUUUGCUCUCAGCACUGUCUAAUAUAAGAAUUAUCUAAAAUGCAGGUAAGAUUUUGUCAAUAAUUAUUAAUGUUGAUCGAUUAGACAUGAUAGGUAAUAAUUCUAGGUGAAACCACACAGAAUUAAAAUUUCAGGGCAAUGAGGGAGCCCCCAUGACGACUGCCAUCAUUGUCUCCCUCAUCCCAUUUUAAAACCACCUAUCUUUUUUAUUGGGGACAUGUCAAAGACUGAUCCCAUCCAUUGGUACAGCAAGAGGUCUCUGAUAUUUCUGCUGUUUAUUAAUUGAGCCACAGGAUCUGAUAUUAUCUCUGUAACUAAGGCACAGAAGAAUCUCAGGGUGAACACAACAUCAUAGGAGGCAUAGAACCCCCCCAGUCUUGCAAAUCAAAAGGCAUACAAAUUGAGAUAAACCUAGGUGCACUGCAAACAGUUAAAAUAAUGAAUGCAACCCUGUGAUGAUUAAUGAAGCCACUGAGGUCGUGCUAUCAUAUCUAUGAUAUACAGAAAAUUGUAUUGUGAUAAAAACAAAGAUAUUGGUUAUAGCUAAUUAAUAGAAAUCUCGUGCAAUUUUCAAUAAUCAAAUUCAUAUUAUAAUUUUUAUGAAAACCUUUACUUGGACCUUUAUCGCUAGGUGAAAAUGUUAUAGUACUUAUCUCAGAGCAACAAGAUCUAACCAAAUGGGUUAGCACAUGGGGUUAUUUACAAAAUUCAAUGUGGAUUUAAAAAUUAAGGUCUUUUUAGUGAAUAACCCAGACAGUCAUUGAAACGCUAUAAGCAUAGAAACAUUUAUGUAUUUCUGGCAAUGCUAAAUAAACUGUCAUACAGAUUUCUUGAAAUGUGUAGUUUACCAUUGUUUUAUUACGGUUUAAUUGAGGCUAGUUAAAUGUUAACAGUAUUCUAUGUAUUAACAAGUCCAUAAACAACAUGUAGAAAAUGACACACUUUUUAAAAAUUCAACACAGAUCAAUCAAGAUAUAAGAAAGGAUGACCUGUGUUAAUAAAGAUAUGAAAUAUUGCAUUAAAAUAUUCUAACCAGUA